GUUCUGAACAAAGUGAAGAACCAGCAGGUGGUCUCUGCUCAUGAAGAACAUCCAGGCAGGAAAUCACAGAGACGUCUGCCUGAACACAAGACCUCACCCGGGGGAAGACCCUGCACUGGUGCCCCCCUGAAGUCUCAGGAUGAAAUAUCAAACCAAAUGCAGAGGACACACAGGAGGACACACACACCCAGCAUGGGGGACUCUGACUCCCCCCUGCCCUCCCCCAUCAGGGAGCAGAACCUCUCCUCAGAUCUGGAGGCGUCUGGAGAAGAAUCAGAUCCUCAGCUGUGUCCCGGCAAGACCAGAGUCUGGAUUGUGAAGCAACAGGUAGACCAGAACCCGUUGAGAACUGGGCUGGACGAGCAGCACUGGUACGGCUCAGAAGAGUUCUUGGCUCUUCCWGCUCAGCUCCAUAAAACUGAGAUGCUGGCUCUGAAACUGGAGAAUCUGACCCAGUCCAUCCCUCUGGCAAACACUGGAUUUACCCAGAAGGCCUUGCAGGAUGUGGACGACUGGGAGCUGACGGAGCUCAACACAGACUGGGACGGAACCGAGAACCGGGACAACGUUAGCAGCGUGGGACAGAGCGGUGACGACUCUCCGUCUCCUCCCCCACUGCAGCGUCCCUCCACACGGACGGCGGCCAGCCGCCUAAGCCCCUCCUCCUCCAGUGAUGUUGCUCCUUCGCUGGAUGAAAGUCUAGAAUCUGGUCCUCUGAGUGAUCUGCAGUCUGAGGAGGAGGAGGGCAGGGGGUCUACUGAUGGGGGUCUUCAGCUCACAGCGCCCCCUGUGGACAGGAGUGGAUGUGCGUCUCUGGUGCAGCAGCUGCUGGAGGACGUUCAGGGUCCGGACAAAGACCUGCACAUCUGGAGGAGGAUGGAGGGUUUCGUUCAGAAGCUGGACGGCUUCAUCUCGUGGCUGCAGGAGGCCCUGGACAGCACCGAGAACUGGACCCAGCCCAGACAGGACCUGGACAGUCUGAGGGCGUACCUGGACACUCACCUGAGUUUUAAACUGAAGGUUGACAGCCAUGCAGCUCUGAAGGAGAGCAUCCUGGAGGAGGGCAGAGUGCUGCUCAGCUUCAUCACCUCCCACCAGUCAG